GUCAAAUGGUUACUUGCUGGUUAUGACCACAUCAUCUGACCAAAUAAAUUAUCCGCUCUAUUUGUGAGUUUGCCGCUCUCACGUCAAUCAAUUAAAGCAACGCACCAGCCGUGUGAGCAAAAAUUCAAUAUAUGAAAAUAAGCUGUGAGAACCAAAACAAAGGUGCACGAGUCAAUACUUUAAAACUGUCUGCGGCAGAAUACAAGCGGACAUACCUCAUCCUUUCGAACCAUGUGGUCAAAAAUCUGAAUCACAUGUGUGCGAUCAUCUUCCUCGCCCUGCUAACAUUUGCAAAUAUAUUAAUUUAUAUACAUAGCCUCAGGUAUUAAUCAACUACGCUUGCUGAAAAACUGGCCUCUGCAAGUCUUUAGUUUUCAUGUGCAUGGCUCUAUGUGUGGGUCAUUUAUAUUUUGUUU